AUGGAAAUUAGAUCGCCAGGCUCUGCCACUGGCCCCAUUCGAUCUCAUAAAUCGCCUAUUGCCAAGAGGGCAUGUGACCAAUGCAAAUUUCGCAAGAUCAAGUGUAGCUUGUCACAGCCCUGCAAGGCCUGUGAGUCUAUGGGCUUCGAUUGUACAUUCCUUCAACCACAGAAGAAGCGCGGACCAACCGGGCAUCGCGUGUCGCAAAUUCGACAGCAGCAAACUGUCAUUCCUACUCAAGAGUCUAAGAAUGGCUUCCAAUUUCAAGCUCCAUCCUCAUCGGUGGAGUCUGGUCAAGCUUUACCUAGAGCACCUUGGGGGGCCCCCACUCAUGGUCCAGCCACGAUGCCCUUAGAGGGCGCCGGAUUGGCACCUGCAGGUAUACCUCCUCCGAUGGCAGCCUGGGGUGAGGAAACCCCAUCUAUAGAUUCUCACAACAGCGGCCUGAGCUGGAACGAUCGAAAUGACGUCGAGUACUGGCUUCCGGAUAAUCUGGAUGCGCAAGUCCCUAUCUUCGAUUUACCAGGAAGUAAUGUAUAUCUCCGGCCAUCUCUCCCGUCUAUUAUUCAACCUGUCCCCGAUGCUGCGGCUGCGGCCAUAGGGAUACCCCAGGAAGGUCCAAAUAUGGCAUUCUCACCAACCGUGAGGUCUAUGCGCUCAGAUACCCAGGAGACCGACGCAAUCUGGCCAUCCACAAUCAAUGAAGCAAAUAUAAUCCCUUGGAUCGAUGUCUACUUUGAUCGGCUACAUCCGACCAUACCCGUGCUCAACCGGUCAUCCCUGUACACCUCAAUGAUCACACAAGAGCAUCGCAAGAACUCUCAGUUCGGGGCCAUGCUCUUGUCGUUAUGUGCAUUCUCGCUCACACAGCCAAUUGAGAUCAACGAGCGGCCGACGUCCUCAUCUCGAGCUCUGCAAGCACGAGCCAUGAUGAACGCAGCGACCAAAAUGCGAAGCUGUUCAGAUUUUGGCGAGAAUCCAACUAUUGAAGCUGUUCUAACGAGUUUCUUCCUCUUUGGCUGUUUGUUUGGAAGUAACCAGCACAACGCAGCAUGGCUCCGGAUACGGGAGGCACUAGAUCUUGCGGCCACGCUGGGAUUGAAUGAUCCCGAGUCAUAUCAGGAUUUGUCUGGGGAAGAGAAAGGCCAGCGGCUGCGAACGUACCUCGUCCUCUCUAUUACAGAAAGAGCCUAUGCUUUGCAACGGCGACAUCCAAUAACCUUCUGGGGGAAGCCCGGAUUCACUAUGCGGUCAGUGCAUGACUUCAUCCACAGCGCCACGCAUAGCGUCGUCUCUGGAAUUGUGGUCCACAACGAGAAGGAUGCCGAGGGAAUGAUGGGUCUCGCACGAAUGAUGGAACUAUUCGAUGCCAUCGACGAAGAUGUCAUCGACUGCUGGAACCGCCGAUGUGAUGGUAGCAACGGGUACUGCCAGAGACUGACCGCAGUCAAGGCACUCUCCAUCCACCAAAAUCUCAAUCGAGUCAACCAAGCCGAACGAUAUCGCGGCUAUGACUGGUUCGAGCGAGCCAAGGAAGGCCGCGAAAGCAGAAAUGUCACAUUUGCCAUGGGCCUACGAGAGACCCAAGCAGCGGACGUUUUUAUCACCCAGAAAUGGCUCCAGAACCGUGUCUGGCUCCUCUCCUCAACCCACGGCCUUCUGAGUGCCCAUUCGGAACAACCCGAGCUAAGCUUCGGAUAUGCCGUCUCCGUUGCUGAAUCCACUCUCCGGCUGUGCCAGUCAUUACGGCUGAGCUCCAUGGAAGCCCAUGGUAUCGGUUUGACCGAAAAGCUGUACGAUAUCGCAAUCUGCGCCACAAACAUCCUAUGCAACACAAAUCCCUCUUACGGGAUUGGCCUAAACAUGCCCGUCAAUUUCCCCGAAAUAAUACCGACAACUACAACUUCCACAGCCCAGAGUCUCGCAGAAGACUUUUUGUUACUUAUGACCAGCUUCCGCGGUGGAAACCAUCCUUACCUGGAGAAGUAUAGAGCUCACCUACGCUCGCUACAGAUCAUGGAACCCAAAGCUCCAGAGUGGGCGCAAUGA